CGUUUAAACAAUCUUGACCAAUCACAGGCUUUGCCAGACAUUACGUAUUCUGAAUUUAAUUUUAUCCGUUAUUUUCGAGUGGAGGUUUACGCUGUUGAAUUUGUUGGUCGUUUGUAUAUUACUCAUUAUUGACUGUGUGAAGUUUAACAAGUAUAAUAGCCUUACUAAAGAUUUGUCGGUAGAAGCGGCCGAAAUACAUUAAAUAUUUCGGUUCGUAGAGCUGCAAGAUCUGCAUAUCACUAAAAUGGAGGUCCAAACUCGAAAACUCCGGACGGUGCAGCUACAUGACCAAGAAAAUAUUUAUGGAAAAACGAAAACCCACGCAGUGUUCUCAUCAAAACGCGAUGGGUUAACUGUUCGUGGGGUUCUCGGAGAAUUAAAUGGAAAUGUGCAAGUUCAACGCGACGUCAAUAAAGGAAAAAUCACCGUUACCGUAUCUGAGAUUGACAAGAAACCAAGUCGUAUUGCUCUCCGAAGCAAUUACAACCAUGUGCAAUCGAAAGUAGAUUCUGGACUUGCUACCAAGCCUGUAUUGCCAACAAAACCAACUUUAAGACGGGAGGAGAGUACAGCUAGUCUUGCUGCUAAGGCAGCUGCUCGGACUAAGCUUUUGUUAAAAGAAGCACAAAAGACAAAGGAAGCUAAGAAAAAUGAAAAAAAUAGCCUGCAAACUGUCAAGGAAGUAAAGACUUCGAAGGCUAUUAAACCUCUUCUAAAUGAGCCGACAGAUUCUCUCGGAAAACUAAAGCUGUCUGAAGCAAGCUCGCAGGGGCAGACAAAAUACAAAGGAAAUCCAGUUUGUAUUGUAAAACCUUUACCGCUACCUCAUGAUAUUGAAGACAUUGAUGCUAGUGACAAUAGUCCCCUGCUUAUGUCAAUUUAUAUUAAAGAUAUUUAUCAGUAUUUAACAGAAUUAGAAGAGAAAUAUCCCAUUGAAAAGGAUCACUUCAAAAAUCAGACUCAUAUAACUGGUAAAAUGAGAUCAACACUGCUGGAAUGGUUGGCGGAAGUGCAACAUCAGUUUUCAAUGUUGUUGGAGACAUUUCAGAUAUCAGUUGGAAUUGUUGAUAGAUAUUUACAGAUUGUGUCUGACCUUCCGAGGAACAAACUCCAGUUAGUAGGUAUAACUGCGCUGUUCAUCGCCAGCAAGUACGAAGAGAUCUACGCACCUAAUGUUAACGACUUCAUUUACGUAACGGACUGCGCCUACUCCAAGGAGGAGUUGUUCCAGUGCGAGAGAGACAUCAUUGUCAAACUGGGAUACUGUCUCGCUCGCCCCAUACCUCUCAGCUUCUUAAGAAGAUACGUUAAAGCGGCUCGCGGUACAUCGAAAAUCCACCAUCUAGCUAAAUACUUGGUUGACUUGAGCCUCGUUGAGUACACGACGGCGCACUACCGGCCCUCGGAGGUGGCCGCCGCCGCCAUCUGCCUCUCGCUGCAUCUGCACUCCAGCAAAACCCUGCCAGAAGUGUGGACACCCACAUUAACCUAUUACUCUGGUUAUUCCUUACAACAUAUCAAACCAAUCAUUAAGAAGUUAGCAGAAAUUGUUGUUGAUGUAGAAAAUAAUAAGUUCAAAGCUUUAUAUAAAAUUUAUUCAUCAGCGGAAUUAGGCAAAGUAUCAACUUUACCGCAGCUGCGGAGUGAAUCUGUUUAUAGAUUGGCCGAAGUUUGAUGUGAGGUAAGUGAAUUUUGUACAUUUGUAAUUGACUACUGACAUGUGGACGUGUAACUUUUUUAAUUGGUUAUUGUUUUGUAAUUAGAUUUAUAUUUUCUGACUGACUGAGUUUUUGUAUGUGGGUUUGCUUUAGUACCUGUUUGAUUUUGAAGGAUUUUAGAUGUAUUUAGCAGUAUUGUUAUGACAUUAAACUGAAAGGUUUUAGUGAUAAUGUGUAAUUUUUAAUUAUUUAUGUAUAAUCCAAAUAUUAUGAACGUAGUCGAAAUGUAUUCACGUGGUACGUAAAAAAAUUGACAAAAAUGGUUCAAAGAAUUUAUAGAAUGACAAAAUAUAGUUUUUGUUACAUAAAGUAACUUUAACAAUCAUUUUCUUAAUGUACUAAUUAUUUCAUGAGAAUCUUAAAGGUUUUAUUGUAAUUUAAAAUAUCAAUAUUAAAUAGUUGACGUUUUGACGGUUUUUUAAUUUUAUACAACGACGAUACUGAAAGUAAAUUUAAACCAUCAGAUCAAGUUUUAUAUUUAGUAUUUUAACUAAAAAAGUAUUCUUUUAAAUUGACAGAAAUGAACCAUAUCGUGGUGACCACGUUUACACAUGAACGACAACGAAGUGUAUUUUAUUGCCUUAAGCCUAUAAUAUAAUUUUUGUAUAGUUCUUAGACCUGUGAUUGAUAUUAAAUAAUAAAUUCUGUUUUUAACAAA